CGGAAGGAAAAAUGAAGCUGCAUUUCUCUCUUAAUAAGGAAGAGAAAGACUGUAACGUUUGUCACAGAAUUUGGUCUCAUAUUUCAGUAAAAUGUUCAGCAUGUGUGUCGUUCUGCUCGUCUUUUCCAGCAUCUCUACAGUAGUUGUAGUUUCUUCAAAAACAGUCACAGGACACAGAGGAGAGAGAGUUGACAUCAGAUGCAGCUAUGAAUCUGGAUAUGAAUCAAAUUCAAAGUAUUUUUGUAAAGGCAAGUGUAACUAUAGAAAUAAAAUCAUCAUGGUUAAAUCAGGAUCUCCAGCUAAAGACAAGAGAUUCUCUCUGACUGACAACAAGAGGACCAGAGUUUUCACCGUCAGCAUCACUGAUCUGAGAACAGAGGAUACAGGACUAUACUGGUGUGCUGUGGAGAGGACUUUAACUGAUGUCUAUUCAGAGGUUUUGUUGAUUGUUAAACAGAUGAAGAAGACCACUACAUUUUCAACUAUCAACACUUUUACAAACACACCGUCAUAUUUCAGCACAACAGAACCAAAUCCACGAUCCAGCAGCAUCAUAAUCACAGAAAGAAAAGAAACCAUCACAGAUCAACACAAAUCAGCAGAGAGUGAAACAACAAGAACAGGAAGUACUGCAGUUCAACUCGAUCAGCUAAACACUAAUCUGUCUUCUGUCGCUGGCGGUCUGGGUUCGGUUCUGCUGGUUCUGGUUCUGUGUUCUGGAACAUUCCUCAUCCUGAAAAAGAGGAAGAGGAAAUCUGGGACAGCUUUAUUUCAGCAAAAUGUGCAGUACAAUACGGAGAGUGUCCACAUGUAUGAGAUUGCAAUCAGUGACACUGGACCAUCUGAUGUCAUCGCUGCAACAUCUUCAUCCAAUCAGACGCCUGCAUCGCACCUCAACACCCGCCCACAAGUCUCUGCUGUUUAUGCUACAGUAACCAAUCAGCAGCCUGAUUCAAACCCCAGUCGCAUCCACUCAGCCAAUCAGGUGACGGAUACCGACUGUGAUUAUUAUGCCAAUAUGAAGUCACCUGAACCAACAACAGACUGCAGAACAGAACUGAUUUACGCAACAGCGACACAUCCGCAAAACGUCAAGACAAACGACGGCCCGAUAUAUUCAAUGAUCAAACAUAAAUAAAAAAAGAGAAAAACGUU